AUGGGUUUGCAAAACUACCAUUGUUCUGAGCUGCAAACGCCUCUAAAUUUUCGAAGUGAUAAAGAAUUUCAGGGUUUUCGUCAAGUGCUUGAUUCAGAAAUGAAAAGAUUUUCCAGUUUGGGGUUGGGAUCAAAACAAGCUGAGGUAAUUACCACAGUCCAAACCGCGUCACUGUGGAAAAUGAAGCUGCUACGAGACUAUUCUCCCCGGGUUCUUGUUCGCACUAUGGUAUUUCUAAAUGGCAAACAAUUUGUCCUCAGAAGCAGAAUGGAACAUCGAGCUCUACGUUUUGACCAACCCCAAAUCACUUUACACGAGUCACCAGGUGGAACGCCAUAUUUGAAUUAUGUGGAAGACGUGUUCAAAAGCAACCAAGGUGGUCUAAAGCAUCACAGAGUAAGGCGAAAGGAGGUAGUGCAUUAUGCAAAUGCUGAAAACCCCCAACAAUGCCAUAUUAAAAUGUACAAUAAGUACACAUCACUAUGCCCACCCGGGGAAAACAAAAAGCAUUCUACCUGCAACCCCGGCGUAAAUACAUAUAAUCCGACAAGAUAUGUUUACUAA